AAACUUAAAAAAUGGUAUCGAUAAUUAAAAAUCAAUUGUUAAAACAUCUGUCAAGGUUUACUAAAAACCUGUCAGUUGAUCAAAUAAAUUGGAGCACUCUGAGAGGCGAAGGAGAGUUGUUAAACUUGGAAUUAGAUGAAGCUGUGCUAACAGAUUUACUUGAGUUGCCAUCGUGGUUAAAGUUGACAAAUGCUUGGUGUAAUAAAGUAAUAUUACGUGUACAAUGGACCAAGCUAAAAAGUGUGCCUAUAUUUUUGCAUUUAGAUGAAGUUCAAAUUGAAUUAGUGACAUGUGAAGAUUUGCGAAGCCCAUCAUCGCCGACGAAUGCAGCAUCUUCGUUGCCUGGCGCUACAAAAUAUUCAUUUAUUCACAAAGUUAUUGACGGUAUUACUAUUGCUGUAAAUACUGUAUCAGUGAAACUCAAAAGCCCGGCGUUCAUCGCUUCAGUUCAAAUAUCGAGAAUAAUGGUUGAGUCAAAAUCACCGACUUGGCAACGGUGUGAUUUACGAAUGACCAGAGUUAAGGAUCCUGAUAGGGGUCAAUUGUUGAUAUUUAAAGAGCUGGAAUGGCAAACUGUUCGAAUAGAGGCCCAAAGUACUAUCGAUCAAAAUUUGACACCUUUGAGACUGUUAACUAAUCAAGCGCGAUGUCGGAUAACUAUCAAGAAACGUCUGUCAGAUUGUUUUGUAAUGGGAUCCCGACUAGUGAUAAUUCUCGAUGAUCUCUUGUGGGUCCUUACAGACUCUCAAUUAAAAGCAGCUUUACAUUUUAUCGAUUCCCUAGGAAGUCUUAUUGAAAAAGCGACGACUAUUGAAAGAAAGAUAAAAGCCGCGAGAAAACUCGAGGUUUUGCCUGAAUACCAGGCACAAAUAUCUCAGCAGUCAAGAAGCCAAUCAAAAGUACCUUGCAAUACAGCGAUAUCAAAAAUUUUUAUGCGUUACGAUGUAGUAGAAACUUCUUAUCACUUUUUAUCACAACGAAUUGAUUUACAUCUAUGCGACGAUCCUGGAACUGGGAGAUCUUCGUACCCGGAAUUGAAAGAUGGUGGAGCUUUACAAAUAUCAUUGAUUAAAUUUCAAAUAGAUUACUAUCCAUAUCACUUAGCGAUGUCUGACAGAAAACACUGGGCUAAGUAUCGAGAAAAUACAAUGCCUCAUGUCCAGUGGCUGCAGCAGUCUUUUAAUUCAUUUCGCGGGCAAUUUAUGGAUUUAAUUGACGCUGGACAAAAACAGUCCAGAAAAAAUAGCGGCAACGAACCAAAAAAUGACGAUAAAUUAAAAAGCGAUCAGCAAACACCUUUAUUGGAACAUGAGCAUAAAAAAUUACAGAAACAAGCUAGCACAGUUGGCACCGGGAACCCAAUAAAAAAUUAUGUGUUGGAACAAUUGUCUACGCUCAUGACUACGUGUAUUGUCAUAAGAAUUUAUGACCUAACUAUUUACAAAGUUACUACUACGACAAGAAAACCGAUCACUAAAGAAUUUUUGACAGCGCAAACGAGGAAGAAACAUCCUACAGGUAUUCUGUCGAUUGAGUGGAUAAAAAGUGAUCGUGAAAAAUUUUCCCUGCCAGAAGAUGUUACUAUUUUACAUGCAGAGUUUACUUAUUAUUAUUACCCUGGUGACUUAAUAUUUCCAUUACCACCGCCAAAAUUUUACGUCCAAGUAAAUCCCAUCCAGAUAAACUACGACAUAUACAGCUGCCUGUGGUUUAAUUCAUUUUUGUUAAACCUCUACAAAUCAUUGGCGUCGAGUGAAAAUAAAGCCAAUGCUGUUAAUGAUAUUAAUAUGUACUUCGAUGUCAAAUUAGAAGCAAUAUUACCUCGGAUAAUUGUUGAGUCGCAAAACGACUACCCUAAUCAACGUGAUCGUCCCAAGUCAUUGAAUAUUCAAACAUCACGAGUAACUCUUACAAAUGUACGGUCUGCUGACAGCAAAUCAUCACGUACUGACUUGGCCGAGUGCUUGAACGCUUUGCAGAUGGGGCAGAUGUUUUUUUCUUCGGAUUUUCCUAGCAAUAAAAAUGAUUAUCACAUUGUUACUGAUAGAUUUUCACGUCACUGCGCAGGCACAGACAACGUGAGAUCCUACCCAUCAAAUUUCACAAUAAAUUCCCUCGAAGACAUAAUUGGAAAGCUGCAUAAAAAAUUACUAUGGCUCGAAUGCAAAGACAUAUGGUGCUUAAAUCUAGAACCUGUAUGGGCAGAUUUCUACGGUGUCCGGGCCGUAGGUAUGAACCGCCCAGUCCCAUUACUAGACGCCUUUCCCGUAACAGUCUGGCUUCACAUUACCGACAACAACAACUCAUCGACUCUACCCACCCCAAAAAACGACAGCAAAAUAGAGCCUCAAAAAACCUCAAAAAACGCAGAUGUCCACGUACUAGCACACAUAAGUAAUUUAAUAAGCGUCCAGUUAAACCACUACCAAUAUUUAUUUUUACUCCGUCAAUUAGAAAUAGUGACCGAGAUGAGCACCUAUUUAGUAAUCGACACAAACCGGAUAAUGAAUGUAACAACCGGAUCUUCACUAGUAGUAGGUGCUUUAGUCCCCCAGCUCGAAGUGACUUUAAUAAUGCCAUCCCAAACUCCGGGAAAGGAAAAUUCUGGCGGAGAUUUAGAGUCAGUAGUCCCGGACUCAUCAAGCAUAGCCGACGAAUUGCUGCCUAUUUCCCUUACAAACCAAUCAGUAGCAACUAGACUAGAAUUUGGGUUGAAGCGCUUCAACACAAGCAAUGAUGUUGAGACACCUCAAAGCGAAGUGUCUUCAAUGAUCGGAUCUUUGGAUCCAAGCCACCCUACUGUUACUUUCAAAGCAGCUGAAAAAAGUUACAGCAAACAAUUCGACCAUUCUUUGCACCAGAGGCAAAAUUCCGAAGAUUUAGAAGCUAGAAAAUAUUUAAAGUACUCAUCAAAAGAUCCCCUGCAAUCCGGUUUAAUACAAAAUAAUUUUAACGUCGGUCUUUCCAGUAUGAAAAAAGGCUUCGCUAAUUUAAUGACUUCCAUCGACUCGGCGCUUAAAGCUUCCCCAGAAGACGGAAGCAGCGACACUGUUUCUAUGAGAAGCGAUCUUAGUUCUGAUAGCGAAAACUAUAUUGUUGUAUCUCUAGAAGAUCAAGAAAAAUCUGAUUCUCUUUUUGGGAAUUUAAAUGUCACUAAUAUUACAGCUGUUGAAGAAGCUAGUGAGGUAAUUGAAGAAACUCCAGACACCCAGAGUGAAAAAUCACUUGAUAGUGCGUGCAAGCGCAAAGAUUUGGUCUCAAUGGUGACCUUUAAAUUGUCCAAGGUUGAAAUUAUUCAACAGUCUAAAGGAUUUUCCUCGGCUAUAAAAUUACAAGUCGGGAAAAUAAUUAGCAAUGAGUGUACCUCUAUCCCGUGGGAUGAAUUGCAGACUAAGUUUAGCUCGCGAUCGCGUGGGUGGUCUGAAUUACAGUCUGAUGAUUGUAAAAUUUCGGUUAAAUUACGCCUAGAGCAUGAUCUUAAAAAACAGUACAGUAAUUUAAAUGAUAAUUUAAAUAGUAAAAUUGCGACGUUGUUUGACGAUAAAGUUACCGGGGAAAUUAAUGAUAUUAAUUUAGUAUUAUCUAUGAGUACAAUUACGGGAUUAACUGAUUUAUUGGAAGAUGAAAUAAUACCUGACUAUUUACCUGUUAAUUUAAUGCUAAAUAAUAUUUUUAUUAAAUUAAUUGAAGAUCGCCCGCCUAAUAAUAUUACCUCACCCGGGCCGGUACCUAUUGAUUUAACGGUACAGCAUUUAAAGGUUGUUCGUGAUAAAAAUGGACUGAUUAAUAUUGAGUCUGUGAAAAGUAAUGUAGAUAAUAGUGCAGCGCAAUUGAAUUCUGCGACAGAAGGGGAAUUGGUGAAGCUUAAACAAUUGAACAAACAAAUCAAAAAUGAUAAUGAGGAAUUGAGGCGGAGAUUGGUUGCGCUUGAUUAUUUGUCGGAGGAAAAUUUAAGGUUGAAAAGGAGUAAGGAUGAAUUGCACUCGGUUAAAUUGCAAUUGAGUGAAGCGCAGGAGCUUAUUAAAGAGUUGAUGAAGGAGAAGAAUAUUUUGAAGGAGGAUAAUUUGUUGUUACAGAGUCAGGGAAAAAAGUCUAAUGAUUCUUCUAGUAGUGGAAGGGCCUCGUGGUCUAUUAAGAGAUAGCAUACCAGUUGCUUUGAUUGCUCCAAGUGUUGUACUAAUAACAAAUAAUUUUU